UUGCAAGUUGAAUUCUGAUUCGAUGAUCCGGGGAAAUGAAUUUCGCCCUUGUGCUUGUGCAUUAGCUUCGUGAAAGAAAACUUUUAUUCCUCGGUGGCCAAUCUAUUCAUAAAAGCUUGCUGUUAUGUUUAAUGACAAUUGUGUGUCAAUAAAUAAGCCAUUCCAUAUCCGUUGUCAGUGGAGAUGUCUUUAUAUCGUCCUACCUGAUUCAGUCUUUGUGAGUGUUAAAAACAUUGCUAGAACAACAUUACGUUGUUAACGAGUUAUGUAAACGAAGCCGGCUGGAUCAAAUUGUAAACGUAAUUCAGAAAGUUUUUUUCCGCGGCGACAGAUGUUAUAUGUGUAUAUAAACACGAUAAAAACGUUUUAAGCGAACAAUCUGAGAUGGAGUUUGUUUAUAUGUCGAGAUUUGACGAUAACAUUCCUUCGAUGGGAAGGCGAGUUGACGUGUCUCAUUUAACCGAGGAGGAGUGUGGCAAAGUAUUGGACGUCAUUAGCAAAGACAUUCUGAUACGAAAAUCUGAGAAGGAGAGAGUCGGAUACAUAACUAAAAAAUUCGAAGAGUUGCGUCGUGCUGUCAUUUUAUCUAACUCGAAUCGCAAAAAGCUUCUUCCAUUCGACGACUACUGCUUGAUAUGCGGUAAACACCUAUUUACAUUUUGCUGUUUUUUUCAACGUGGUGGCGAAUGUGUAUCUUGUGAAAAUUCGUGUUGUUCGUCGUGUAGAAAGGCUUUUGCUGUCGAAAAUGAAGAGCGAGAGUUAUACCUCUGCAACUUAUGCAUUAAUAAAAGACGAGUAAAAGGUGAAAUUGGAGAAUGGUAUUACGAAGUAACUGAUAAACGAUUUAAAAGAUUUGGAAGUGCAAAGGCUCUACGUGCAAUCUAUAAACAACGCGCUUCAAUUGAACCGCGAGUGAUCACGUUACUUGCACUUUGUCGUGAACUUCAACCUACUCGUAAAAUAUCCUUAGCUAUAAUCAAAAAUCGUUACUCCAGGCAAAUAUUGAAUGACGAAGACAAAGCAACGUACUGUUCAAGUUUUUCCGAUCUCGAUGCUAAAGAGGACUUGUUUAGACCGCAUUUGCGGAAACGAAUACAUUCCGAAUCGGAUUUACCGGUAAUAGCCCACGAAAUGGAGGAAACUGUGUACUUUGAAAAAGAUUUAAACUCAAGUGUUUCUGCAAAAAAAGCGGUACAUCGUUCACGCAGUGAUGAGUUUUUGAAAGUUAACCAUUCUAAAAAAAAUUCCGAUAUUGAACUUAAACAAACUGUCAGCAAGCACACUAUUGUUGAGCAGGAAGGCAAAAUAGAAGAGCUUGAGAAAGAACUGAAUACUACUCUCACAAAAGUUGACUACCUGGGUUUUGCAUCCCUAACUUUAACAUUGUGUUUUGUUAUGGCGUUAAUGUCGUGUAUUGGUUUUGUCUUCGACCAUGGUCGUAAAAGUGAAAACGGAGACGAAGAUUACGAGUAGUGACGUGUAAAAGGAAGACCCGCUACCCUUGCCAUGUUAGCUUUUUUGUAGCUUGAAUACCGCAAUUUCGUUUGCGUUAUAUCUACGGAAACGGCUAUCUGUUGACUCGACACAAUAUAGUUUUUUUCAUAACUUUUAACGUAUUAUUUAUUAAGAGUAUAUUAAACAUAGUUUAUGUGGUAGUUUAUUUAUUUCGUCUACUUUUCUGAUAUAGCGAUGUCGGAAUAUUUUAACAGAUCUGUUCUUAAUUUUUCAUAAACCUUUUUCAAUAUGUUCUGUUUGACGUUUUGACAUGAAUUUGUUGUCGCAAGAUUUUUUGUGCACUGUGUAGGACUGUGUAGGAGUUUUGUGAGUUCAUUUUUAGAAAUGUUUUUAUUUAUCGGCAGAGUUCUUAUUUUGCUGUAUUUUUGUACAUAUUUUAGAAUAUUUAGAUUUUGGCUUUAUGUUUUUGUUUUUAAGCUUCUGUUACAAGAAGGUCCCUUAAAUUGUUAAUUUUUUUGUUAGUUUUAAGAAUACUAAAUUUACGAUUUUGUUAUAAGUAUCUCAUUUUCUGUACAAAUUUUGAAGAAAAUAAAAUUUUACGAUUUUA